AUGGCGCUUUCGGCCACACCGCUGACUCAGCCGGGGGCUGUCGUCUCCCCCGUCUACCUGCUCGUGGGCAGUGUCUUCGCAGUGCUCCUCUACCUGUUCGUGCAGAGCAAGAGGGCCCGACUCGACCACAUCCCGGGCCCCUGGCUGGCCAAGUACACCAACCUGUGGCGCGGGUACCAGGCCUGGCGGAUCAACCACCACAAUGAGGGCGUCAACAACUACCAGAUCAACAUGAUCGGCCGCUACGGCGACGUGGUCCGCAUCGGCCCCAAGCAUGUCCUUGUCUAUGACCCCGAGGCAAUCGAUGUGAUCUAUGGCUUUCGAGAGCGGCUUGACAAGGCAAGUAGUACCGGUACCGACCAAACCGCCCUGGUCAGCAUCAAGGACGAGAAGACGCACGGAAUCUACCGCCGGCCCAUCGCCCACGCCUAUUCCCUGUCAUCUCUCAAGGGCUACGAGCCGUACAUUGACGAAACGAUCGAGAAGCUGAUCAAGGAGCUCGACAAGCAUGACGCCGACGGCACGCCCAUCAACAUGACCCGGUGGCUUCAAUACUGGGCCUUCGACGUCAUGUCAAAGAUCUCGUUUGGCGAGCCGCUCGGCUUCCUCGACCACGGCCACGACUUCAACGGCAUGAUCAAGGCGCAGCGCGAGAACUUCCGCUACAUAAGCGUGGCCAACAACUUCCCUCUGCUGGACACGCUGACCAAGCGCAACCCGUUCCUCAAGUUCGUCACCAAGAAGCCGAGCAUGUUCUUCACGUUCGCGCGGCGCGUGGUCAGCGAGCGUCUGGCCCAGGCGUCCAAGGACCCCGAGUUGCAGUCGCAAUCCCCGUCCUCGCGGCGCCACGAGGACCUGCUCGGCAGCUUCAUCGCCGCGCGCAAGGCCUACCCGCUAAUGACCGACCUGCGCAUCACGCACCUGACGGCGACCAACGUGCUCGCCGGCGCCAACAACAGCGCCCGCGCCAUGGACGCCACCAUCCACUGGCUGACCGAGCACCCGGAGGCGCAGGAGCGGCUGCACCGCGAGAUCCGCAGCGUCAACAUGGCGGCCAUGAAGGAGGCCGACACCGAAGGCCCCGCGGCGCUCGAGCUCGCCCUCAAGAUGCCCUACCUCGACGCCGUCAUCCAGGAGUCAUACCGCCAGUUCGGCGCGCCGGCCAAUAACCUCGAGCGCGUCGCCGGCGCGUCCGGCCUCACCUUGCCCAACGGCACGCACCUGCCCCCUGGCACCGUCAUCGCCAUGAACGCCGCGUCCAUGGCCAUGCUGCCGCACGUCUUCGGCAGCGACGCCCGCGCCUUCAACCCGGAGCGCUGGCUGAAGCAGCCCCGCGAGAGUGACGAGGAGUUCCGCGACCGCAAGCUACGCAUGCACCGCUCCAUGCUGGUCUUUGGUCACGGCAGUCGCAGCUGCAUCGGCAAGAACAUCGUCCAGUUAGAGCUGUACAAGAUCUGGGCCACGCUACUGCGGAUUUACAAGUUCGAACCCGCCGACGUCAAGAUCCACCAAGUCAUGGCGAUCCCGCGCCGACGGGAGCAGCGGACCGAGAAGUCGGUGGAGAUUUGA